AUGGAGCGAAGUCAAGAGUAUGAGAAUACAGCAUGGGCGUCCCCUGUAUGCGACGCCCAGGAGCCUCGCCUUGCUGCUGCGAUAAGUGGAAGAAGGCUACCGUGUUUUGGGCGGGCACGGCCAAAGAAGAUAGCCGAAGGAGUUGGUUCCUUAAACGUGAGGAGCAUGACGGGAAGGAGUAGAGAAGUAGCGGAUUUGAUGAAGAGGAGAAAAAUUAACAUACUUUGUGUCCAGGACACCAGAUGGCGAGGUAACAAGGCCAUAGAUAACUGGGAGAUGGGUACAAGCUCUUUUUUCAGUAGAGCAAACAAGGAAGGAAGAGAAGGUGUGGGAGUGGUAUUGAAUGCUGAGUGGAAGAAACACAUGGUGAAUGUAAACAGGUGUAGUAACAGAGUAAUGAGCAUUAAGCUAAUGUAUGGGAAAGUCACAAUUAACAUCAUCAGUGCCUACGCACCACAAGUCGGCUGUAGUAUUGAGGAGAAAGAGGAUUUUUGGGAACAGAUGGAUGCACAAAUCACUUGGAUGGGUGAGGAAGAGAGAAUCAUCCUUGGGGGUGAUCUGAAUGGCCAUGUGGGAAGAAAUAGAAAUAUUAUUGAGAGAACACAUGGGGGAUGGGGGGUGGGAGAGAGAAAUGAAGAAAGUGAAAAUGUGGUGGAUUUUGCAGUGGCUUUCGACAUGGCAAUCCUGAAUACUUUUUAUAAGAAACAGGAAAAUCAGAUGUGGACAUAUUGCAGUGCAGGAAGAAAAAGUCAGAUCGAUUUAUUAAUGUGUAGGAGAAAUAACUUGAAGGAAAUAAAGAAUUUUAAGGUUAUCAAUGGCGAGAGUGUCGCACCUCAACACAGGCUGAUCGUGAUAGACUUCGAGAUGAAAGAGGAAAGAAGGGGCAGACAGCAACAAACAUCAAGAAUUAAAUGGUGGAUGUUGAAGGAUCAGGAGUUGAAAGCGGAGUUUAAAAUCAAAGUGCUGGACAGGAUGGUAGAAGCUGAAGAUCCAGACACAUGGUGGACAACAAGCAGCAGGCACAUAAUUGAGAUAGGGGAAGAAGUAUGUGGGAAAACAUCAGGCAAGGACCCCUCCCCCCCCAGGAUAAGAAAUCUUGGUGUGGAAUAA